AUGAUCAGGAGCCCUCAUGCAUGCGUUAUUGUUCCCCCAUUCUGUGUGAUUCUAUUCCGAUCUAUAGCAAAACAGCCGCAGCAAUAUCAGACCUUAAAAUGUGUUUUCUGUCAGCAAGAAAAGCCUCUGGAUGCUUUUUCAAAGUCUCAACUCAAUAAAGUUCUUCCCAAUGAGUUUGCGCCCUGGGUUGAUCCUAGCAAGAAGAAUAUUAGUUGCAAGAAAUGCACUGCUGGUUCCAACACUUCUUUAAAGUGUAUGCUUUGUGGUAUAACAAAGCCUCUUGAUCAAUUUGCCAAGAACCAGAGGAGAGAGGCUGAAAAGGCGCGUUGUCUCAAGUGUAUGAAGAAGCGUGCUGAGGAAGAUCCUUGGGCUACUGAACCUGACAGUGACGACGAUGACGAUGAUGAUUACUAG